UCGCAGCCGCACUGUGAAUAUCUGUAUGCUCAUAGCCCGGACUGUGGAGUGUGCAACGGAGAGAGAGAGAGAGAGGGAGGGAGCGAGAGAGAGAGGGGGGGCGAGCGAGAGCGAGAGAGAGGAGGAGAGGUGGAGGGAAUACAGUUGGAUUUGGAUACAACUGGAAAACUACCAAGCGCGCACAGCACGCACCGAGUGGAAGGCACAUCGACUGUGCGUAGCCAACAUUUAUCACCGACUCCCCCGUCCACCGCGAUCGGAUUCAGCCGAGAAUGGAGCUCCCUGCCGCCGGAGAGCACGUCUUUGCGGUGGAGGGCAUCGAAAAGAAGCGCAUCCGCAAGGGCAAGAUCGAGUACCUGGUCAAGUGGCGAGGCUGGUCUCCGAAAUACAACACAUGGGAGCCGGAGGAAAACAUCCUUGACCCGCGCCUCCUCGUCGCGUUUCAACACAGAGAGAGGCAAGAGCAGCUGUUGGGAUAUCGCAAACGGGGGCCAAAACCCAAACAUCUUUUACUCCAGGUACCCUCCUUUGCCAGAAGAUCCUGUAUCCCUGCAGGUUUCGAAGAAUCAUCUCAGGAUGCAGAGGCUAUCCUCAAGCCCGACCCCGUCCCGGUCCAGCGGCCCCAGCCUCAACAGUACCAGCUCAACAGCAAGAAGCACCAUCAGUACCAGCCCAACAGCCAGGAGGUCCCCGCUGACCAGCCAACAAAUGGCAAGAAGAAGUUCAUCUACCAGCUCAACAGCAAAAAGCACCACCACUAUGAGCCUGACCCGAGCAUGUACGACGCACAGGCUUCCAGGCUAAAGGAAGUGGUCAAGGUUCAGGAACCCGCCAGUAAACCCACAAAUCCUGGCUGGAACUUACCGCUGGCCCUGCAGCAGAAGUGGGUUCGAGACAAAGACACAGGCUGCUUGAGCAAAGUGAAAGAGAUGGCAGUGGAGGUGAUGAAACCGGCUGUGAAAGAUGCUGAGAGCGAACACGCCCUUAAACCCAAUCCUAAAGACGCAACCCUGCCGAGCGCCGUGAGCAGCAAAAUGAAGAUAAUCAAGAACAAAAACAAGAAUGGACGUAUUGUUAUUGUCAUGAGCAAAUAUAUGGACAGCAACAAGGCUCAUGGAGCCAAGGGUAAACACGGGGAGUCUUCCAGCGAAGUGAAACCCCAAAACACCAAACCGUCGGACAACAAUCCAGCACACACAACCAAAAUGGUGGAGCACCCGGAGAACGGUCUCCCAAAAGAGCUCUGUAACGGCAGCUCCCUCCCGGCUGCAGAGCAUCCUAUAAAGUGUUCCCCAAAGGACAGACACUUCUCCAAACCGUCACCAAGCACAGCAGAGGAAUACAACACCGAGGUGGCUCGCGGUCAGGCCGACUUACCGGAUGAUCUUCCCCUUCAGCUGACCGCUAGCUCACCGCUUACGUCCUGGUCCGUCGACAACAACAUCCCGACCCCGACGUCCGUGGACCAGAUCAGGAUUCCUUCUUUUCCCAACGACCGCAAGCGGAAGCUCUCGGAUCCCGCUGAGGACAGGAGCGUCUCCAAAACCUACCUGACUUCCAGAAGCUUCAGCGUCCCCAGCACUGUGGCCACGCCCCCUCAGGACAAACCGAUGGACCUCCACUGUAGCGGCCCCCGCCACAGCAGCACAUUUACAUACGAGGUUGUGGACUCUGGCAGCCAGGAGGAGCCGAUGGAUCUCAGCUGCCCAAAGAAUAAGAAGCAGGCGGAGACGGAAGUAGCGCCGGAGGCCGAGCCUGUCGUCACAAACACGACUCGCGUAAUAGAAGACACGCAGACGUCCGCGGAGAAAUCGACAGAAGCACCUCUUAAAGAUAUCUCCCCUUUUAUGGGAAAUAUCAUAAUCACUGACAUUACAACAAACAGUCUCACUGUCACAUUCAAGGAAUUUGUUUCUUUCUGAGAACCCCUUUGUGAAAUAGGACCACCAGUGACCGAUUGGAUGAAUCCUGUUAAUAUGUACAUAUGUAAAAACAUCAGAAUUUUGUAAAUGUUGAAAUUUAUAAUUUAUCAUUCAAAUUCAAUAUGUUUCUUAGAAUGUUUUAUACUGUAACUCCUCUGUGACGUCGUAGCCAAGAAAGUGCCCUCGAGGAUUUGAGCGAAUGCAUUCAGGUGGAUGUGUUCCACUGUAAAAAAAAAAAAAAACGUGUUGUCAUCCGGAGCCGAAUGGGAUACUUUUGCUGUUGUUUCAUACCUGCACCAAACUUAUAACCGGAAAUGUAUGGAGGCUUAUACAUAUUUUGUACUAAUAAUAUCACUUAUUUUGGUCCUGAUAGAAGGUAGAGAGGAUGUUGUUGAGUAUAUGGUGAUCAAAGAUCGAAUUGAAAGCACUUAAUUACAUUUUCAUAUGUUGGUUUGUGUCAUAACAAGGAAGAAAACAGCUGUUCUCUUGAAGUCUUAUUUCACUUUUUACAUCAGACGGGUUCCCUGAGAUGGAAUCGGCAUAUUUGGUUUGAUGUUUUGUUUGUUUGAGGAAACAAGAGUUGCUAUGACAUGCAAAUUCACGAAGCAGGUGUGUCUGAAUACAGUGGAACAGUGGGACGCGCUCGGCUGCGUCAGCAACCUUAAAGAAAUGUCCGGGUCUUUUCUUCUUUUGUCGGCUUUUGAUCUCACCGUUGAAAGGCAACAAAGCCACCAGUGAACAUGUCGUUGCAACCCGUUCUAUUGCUAUGUUGCACAUUUCACCUUGAGCAAACAUUUAUGGACUGAAAUGUGACAUCUCAAUGGUCUGUCGCCAUUAUGGAAAUGGUGUCAUUUAUCAAACGUGUGGCUUCCCAUUGAGACGUAUCGAUUAUUAUCAUAAUUAGAUCAUGAUUUUAUUAACUUAUAUUGCUGGAGUUACUUUAAAAUACAUAUGCUAGUCUCAUUAGGACUCUACUAAUGAAGCGAUAUUCAUCUCAAUUAGCUUUUUGAGCUCAUUGUAUGAGCUGGAAAGACACACGUUACUGCUAUUUGCUUUUCGAAAAAAAGCUACCAGGGUGAUUAACAAGUACGUUACACAGAUUAAAUGUGAGUCGCAAGGCUGCCUUUGUAUACUGUUACAUGUGAGCCAAUAAGUGCAAGCUGUUUUUAUUAUGCUGCUGAAAAUUCAAAUGUCAAAGCUGUUGGAUGUAACCUACAUUUGAGUCAAAAUUGCCUUCCACGCACGUCUGAUGCAAACCAGUAAGAAUGCUAAGAUGCUAUAAAAAUAAAAAAAAAAUAUAGCAUAUUUAUUGACGUUUCAUUUGUUGUAACAAAGAUUCUCUCUGCAUCAGAAGCUACAACUGAUUCCAUUGAACAGGUGAAAAGAUAUUUUGAGUCCGUUAGCUCCUUUUUUGUUCUCUAUUUUUGUGCUUUGUUUUGUUCAUUCUCGCACUUGGUUCGAAAUCAAAAUGAUUGAUAUAAAGUAUGUUCUACCAGGAGUUGGUAGACUUAUUGCUGUUGACACAGCGUAUUGGAUGGUAUGUUUCACAAUAAAGAGAGAGAAAUAACCUCU